AUGCUGCCGGCUCCCGCAGCCAAGCGGCCGCCGCCCCUGCUCUGGGCCCCCGCCGAGCCCCCGGCUCCCCCCUGGGCCUGGGUGGUCCCGGCCGCCGCGGGGCUCGUCAGGGUCGGUGCCGCGCCGCCUCCGCUGCUGCUGCCGGCGCCGCCGCCCGCGCCACCCCCUGCCGCGCUGCUGCGGGCCGCCCCGGGCUGGCGCGUCCCCUGCGAACCGCUCCUGCCGCUGCUCGCCGCCGCCGACCAGCACGGGGCCGCGCUGCUCCACGGGCAGUGGAUAUUUGGAGCUCAUUCUCCAGUCAUAGGAUUUUCACCUUCGAACGUGGAAUUCGUUCCUGUUUUUCCACCUGUGUACACAUCUACAAUUCCUCCUCAUGCUGGGAAAAACUGGAUCGAUAAAAGGCUACCGAACUGCAAAAUAUACUUGAAUAAUGCAUUUGCUCUGGAUUCAGCAUGGAUACAUCCUGAGGAAUCAAGGCUUUUCCAGGGAAAUGAGAAACCUCUGCUAAUGACAAAUCAAGUAGCUAUGGCUAUAGCCAGGCCAGCUGCUGCCUCCAGGCCUCUUCCCACAGUGGUGUUGGCACCUCAGCUGAUACCAGGUGGUUGCCAGAAUAGCCUUAAGCCGGUUGGUGGCAAUCAGACCCUGGCACUGGCCGCCGCAGCCACCACCGCGAUGGUGGCGGUGGAGCCAGAAGCCCCCCAGGGACCUUCGGUGCCAAGCGUCCAGCCCUGCCACGUGCUGACCUUCUCCCCUAUCAAAAUUCCGGUUUUGGCUUCACCGUUUCCAGGUUCUGCCUCCAGAGUGGAUGCUCAUAUGGGUCCUUUGAUGCCGACACAAUUCACCCGGGUAACUGCUGUGGCUGCGCCAGCGGUGACGUUCAUGGCAACCAAUCUGAUGGAUCAGACAUUAACAGAUAAUGACAAAGAAUCAAGUAGAUCCUCCUGCCCACAGACCUUGAUUUUACACACGGAGAGGAAGAGUACCCCUGUGGACAGCGACGGUGAUAAGGAUCAUUCUUUCAAACUAGUAGAUGAGGCUGUCAGCACAUCCAAUGGCAACAAGCCCGUGGCAUCCACUCCAGUGCCAGGAUCACCAUGGUGUGUAGUCUGGACUGGAGAUGACCGGGUCUUCUUCUUCAACCCUACAAUGCAGCUGUCAGUCUGGGAGAAGCCGGUGGACCUGAAGCACCGCGGCGACAUAAACCGGAUCAUCGAGGAUCCUCCUCACAAGCGCAAGCUGGAAGCUGCAGCAACAGAAAAAUGUGUUAGUUCUUGUCCAGGGGAUGAAAAUGAUGAUCUUAGCAUCAAAACUAAGAGAAAUAAAACAGAAGAUUCCCAGGCUGCUGGCCGGGGGAGGAAUGAAACAGAGGAGAAAAAUGAGGAAACAUCAGCACCUCAGAUCACGCCUCCCCUAGAAGAGCGCAUCACUCAUUUCCGAGACAUGCUUCUGGAGAGAGGGGUUUCAGCAUUUUCUACAUGGGAAAAGGAGUUACACAAAAUAGUAUUUGAUCCACGUUACCUUCUGCUAAAUUCAGAAGAACGUAAACAGAUAUUUGAACAGUUUGUCAAGACCAGGAUCAGAGAAGAGUACAAAGAAAAGAAAAAUAAAUUGUUGCUAGCCAAAGAAGAAUUUAAAAAGCUCCUUGAAGAAUCCAAGUUAUCACCAAGAACAACAUUUAAAGAAUUUGCAGAGAAAUAUGGAAGAGAUCAGCGGUUUCGGCUUGUUCAGAAGAAGAAGGACCAAGAGCAUUUUUUCAAUCAGUUCAUACUUAUCCUUAAAAAGAGGGACAAAGAAAACAGGAUAAGACUACGGAAAAUGAGAUAAAACCUCCUGAAACUGGCAAUAAAUACAAAAGUCCAUGCUGUGACUGCAGUAAGAAAUUAAAAUGAAGGCUAAAAGCAUUCGGGGUUAAACUUGCAACAGCUUGACGAGGAAGUGAAUAUCCCUGAGAAAAACUUUCUCUAAACAGUUUAUUGAACAUGUACUGAAUUUGUGAAGGCUGUUCUGCAGGAAUCUGAAAGGUAUUUUGUUCUCAAAGAAUUAAUGUUUCAUAUUGAAGCUCUCUUUUGUACAACAUUCAGAGUUUGAUGCAUUUCUAAUUGCCAUGAUAUGUCAAUCCCAUAAUUGUUUUAAUUAUGCAAAUUACUUGUAAUAUACACAAAUUAUGAAUCCAAUGCAGAUUUAUAAUUAAGCAGAAGCAGAUGCCAUCCAUAACAAUCUCAAGAUAUUUUCAUCAUUUAGGGGAAUUAUCUAAAGCAAUCUUUUGGCAACUUUAUGCUUUAACAUAAAGUGUUUAGAGGUACGGUGGUAUGCAGGAAUUAAUUACCCGGUGUUCAUACGUCUCUGUCCAGUUCUCUGAGUAGUAGUAAUAAGAUAUUAAUUGUUAAUCUUAGUGAAGAGUGUGGAAAUCUUGGCAUAUGUUCCAUAGGAAAACUAAGUUUCAGAACUAGCUUUCUACUUACCAUGAGUCGUGCUGUCAGGCACACAGGCGAUAGCAACACUUCUCCAUCAAAGUUCCUAAAAGAAGUUAUUUUGUAAAACCAUCACAAUAUGAUUUGAAUUAUGUUACUGUAUGUGAAAAGUCUGCAUGAGAUUUUUCUCAUCAUAUUUGUAUGAAUAAAUAUUUAACUUUUUUAAUUAAUAAAUAUUUUAAGCCAAUUUUCAGGGGGGUUUAAGUUUCUAAACUUUCUGAAAUAUUGGAUAAAAUAAUGCAGGUUGUGUGGUUUUUACUUGAGAAAGAGAAAAUCAGAGAGUUCCAACUGCUCUUGAUUUGUAUGGAAAUUCCACUAAUGUCAGUUGGAAUUCUGAGCAUAUUUGGAGCAAAACAGGCACUCUGACUGCGAAGGCAGGAUAUCGUGGCUAGAGUAAAUCAGCACAGCUCUGCUGAACAUCAGUAUAUCCCCUUCUUUAUGCUGCAGGAAAGAGACACUCUCCUCUGUGAUCAUAAUAAUUUUCUCAGUUGACCUAAUUUUUAAGUUAAUAGAUUUAUAGAUUUCUAUUUGCUAGGAGUGAUGUUGACAUUUUCUCCAACAAAUGGUAAUUGUUCUUUAGAUGUGUGCUGUAUAUUUUUUAUAAUCAAGGAAAUAAAGGGUAUUUUCUAAUGCUUUGGAAAAAUGAACUCAGAAUAAUUCAAAGAAGAGUACUUAACAUAAGAUGUGUUUCAGAAAGCAUGUAGAGUUGCAAGUUUCUACAGGAAAAAAAUUGUCAUUUAUUUCUGUGAGAGCAGGACCUGGCCCCAAGUUGCUGUUGGUGUGAGUGAGAGGCAUGUUGCUGUGUUGGCAUUAUCACGUUAAACAGAUGCUGCCAGUUUUUCCUCACUUUUGCAAGUGAGGGUGAUACUUCAGGACUGAGAGAGCUGGAGUGCAAAUUGGUCAAGGACAUUUGAAUUUACAUGGCUUGCAAGACUUCUGGUAGCCACUCACAACUUGUUCUAACAAUUAUUUUUACAUCACUGGAAGAGCCCGGUGUGUUGCAGGAAUCCUGCAUGAAUUAUGCAGAGACAAAUGCUGUUCGCUUGUAAGCAUGGUAGGGCUAGGCAGCAGUGACCCAGAAAAAAGACAUAGGUCUUUCAGUAGACAUGAAGGCAGACUUCACACUGGUUUUCAUAAGGUUUUGCAAUUUUCCAUGUUAAAAAAAAAAAAAAAAAGAUACAGAAAACUGAUGAGAUCUGGCUUUUAUGACUGAGAGCUUUUCUGUUUCAGUGGUUUGUACCCUUGCUGUUGUUUCCUGAUUUAAAUGUAUGUGCAUAUCUAGACCCUAUACUGCCAUCCCCUAUUUCAAAUAUAAAUAAAAUGGGGUAUUAAUAUUUUGGGGAUUCUCCUUGAUUUUAGCAUUUCCUUACAAUGUCAUAAAUCCCUGUCACAAUGCAAGUGUGAUGGCAAGUGAAUAAUCUCUUUGAUUUUCUUGGGAAAUUCUGCGAAACACAAGAAGUGCUCAGUGCUGGUGGUGAUCUGUAUUUGUUAGAAAGCCUCCAAGUUUGGCUCUGUUUUCUUCUGUUUAAAAUGGAAGAAUAUUAAAAUUAACACAACUGGCCUUGUGAUGCAACAGAAGGAAAUGUGUAUAUGAAGGCAUAUUAUAGUGCAAAAUGCUGAUAGUUGAUGAAAUGAAAUACCUUCAGAGAAGUGCUUCAAGUUUGUGGGAGCAUAUGAUCUCAUCCCAAAAUAGUAUUUUUAUAACCUAUUCCUUUCACAGUACCCUUAACAAAUCCUAGUCUCAUUGCAGGUGCCUCGAAUUAAAACAUUCUCUUCUCUUCUUAUUGGUAUUUAAGAAAAAUGGUUUUGUUGGGAGUGACUGCUUUUUGUUGCUCAUCAGGAGUCUCCUCAGAUGAUGGCAGAGCCCAUCCACCACAUUACCUUCUCCUCUGCUUAUAUAGAAAUAGAAUAUUUCUUUGCCGAGCUGAAAUAGAAACAUGGAUAACAAUAAGAAACACCAAAAUAUUUGUAGGUUUUACCUUAAAUAACCGAGCACCUUGUUAGGGAUGGGUAUUUAUUCCAUUUGCCUAUGGGUGGUAGUGGAGACGGUUCUCCUCUUCUGGGUUUGAUUCCUUCCCCGCCUGGUGAGUGGAUGCAGCAGGGCUGGUCCUGGGGUGGGUGCAACUGAGACACCUCUGUGCUGAUGGGGAUGCAUUGCUGCCGAAAGCGUGAGCACCUGUUCUCGGAGCCAGGGCUUGAAAAAUCAAACAGCUUUUGUGUAUCCUGUAUAUAAUGCAAAAACUCCAUGAAGUCGAGGGGAACCCCUUUAUUUAUUUAUAUACCACUUUUGCCAAAAUACACCCUUUAGCAUUGUGAAUAUAAAUGAAUUAGUAUUCAUGUCUAAUAUGUCAAAGAAAGACCUUCUGUCACAACUUUUUAGUACAGUCUGAGAUGAAUAUAGGUGCUUUUUGCUUUACUACAUUAUCCUUUGGAUUGGUAUAGUAUAUAGGACAUAAUAGCCCUUCAUAUUCUUAUUGUGAUUAUUAUUGUUUAUAAUACUGUUUUAAUAAAAUACAACUGCUGUACAAUCAGGAAGGCC